AUGUCUACACCAGAACUCGUUGUCGCAAUUGACUUUGGUACUGACGUUGCGUUUUGCAAUAUCUCGACGGGCGAAGAAACGGUUCGCUGGCUUCAAAAAUGGCCUGGAAGAGCAAACGCGGUUGAAAAUAAAGUGCCGACUGUACUUGUGUAUCCGAAGAAUUCGUCUACACCAUCUUCCUGGGGGUUCUUGUCAGAAGUGCCUGCCGAGCAGAUGAGCCAGGAUAAGGAGUGUAAAGAGUGGUUCAAGACUUUUCUCGAUGAUGAGAGGCUCGCAAUUGCUCAAAGAGAUGGGCAUCAACUGAGAGUUUGUCCUUCCUCUAUGCAAGAGGUAGAACGACUCUACUGCGAUUUCUUUCAAUUUCUAUACAAAACCAUACAGGAAAAGCUUCAGGGUGAGUUGGCUAAUCGCUGGGAAGAUGCGAAAAUUGAGUUCAUCUUCAGCGUGCCUACCACUUGGAAACCUGUCCCUACUGUAGAAAGAUUUAAAAGUGUUGUGGAGCGUGCCGGUUUUGGGAUACACCCAAAUCAUAAAGCCAUAAUUGGGUUAACGGAAGCUGAAGCAGCGGCCAAUCGUGAUGUGCUGCUCGUUUGCGAUGUUGGAGGAGGGACAACGGAUCUGUGUGUUCUCCGUAUGCUAAAUCAAGAUGGCGGAGGCGCAAUAAAUCUCGAACAACUAGAUGUUGUGCAGGGUGCAACAAUUGGAUCAGUCCAACUUGACACUGCUUUUGAAAAAUUGGCACGGAACCGACUAAGACUUGCACAACUAUCUGGAAAGAUGGGACUGUUUCCAGGGCAAUUAGACGAUGUGGCAGGAGAGAUGGCGGAAAGCCAGGAAUACCAGAACGCCAAAUGCGAAUAUGGCUCAGAUCACCAAACGGAAUAUUUCACCGUAGCGGUGCCCAGAUUAGCUCGAGCGUAUAUCAAUGACCUUGAAGGUAUAAGACACGGAGAAAUGAAGUUUAGAAGAGAUGAUAUAAAAGCGUCCUUCGACGUUCAGGUACGACGACCCCAAUUUCAAUUAGCCCAGAAAUCACUCACAAUUUCAGAUCAACAAGCUGUUCGAAUUGAUCGAUAA